CCUGUGGUCUGCUAAAACCCUAGCGAUACACAGAGGCUUAAGCUGCCAAGCUUCGCUUCAGCGCCUUCCCAUGGCAGACCAACACCAACAGAACACCACCCUGUCCAAAAUCUUCCCUGUAAAACCCAAACUAAAGCCCAAAUCCAGAACCCCAUCAAAAUCCCCAGAAUCCAAAUACUGGUCCUCCUUCAAGUCCCAUGAAAUCCAGAACCUAAUUUCUUCAAUACCUUCCAUCUCCUUCUCUCCUGUAUCAUCUUCGCAUCUCUUCGCCGCCGCCAAUUCUACCUCCCUGACUUUAUUCUCCUCUCAAUCCUUCUCUCCUACCUCCUCCAUUUCCUCCUUCUCUGACGUCGUUACUUGCUGCUCCUUCCGUUCCGAUGGUUCUCUUAUUGCCGCUUGCGAUCUCUCCGGUCUUGUACAGGUGUUUGAUGUCAAGACCCGGACCCCACUUCGUCGCCUCCGCUCUCAUACUCGUCCUGCCCGGUUCGUUAAGUACCCAGCUCUCGACAAGCUACAUUUGGUAUCUGGUGGCGAUGAUACGGUUGUUAAGUAUUGGGAUGUUGCUGGAGAGAGUGUGGUUUUGGAUUUGCUGGGUCAUAAGGAUUAUGUAAGGUGUGGAGAUUGCUCUCCAGUCAAUGCAGAGAUGUUUGUCACUGGGUCUUAUGAUCACACCGUGAAGUUGUGGGAUGUGAGAGUAGAGAGUAAAAAAUCAGUAAUGGAAGUGAAUCAUGGGAAGCCUAUUGAAGACGUGAUGUUUUUGCCUUCUGGUGGAAUGAUUGCUACUGCAGGAGGCAACACUGUGAAGAUAUGGGAUUUGAUUGGAGGAGGGAAGAUGGUUUAUUCCUUGGAGAGUCAUAACAAGACUGUUACAUCUAUAUGUGUGGGGAAAAUAAUGGGGCAAGAGAAUGGAGAAGAGACAAUGCAGAAUAGGAUUAUGAGUGUGGGUUUGGAUGGGUAUAUGAAAGUGUUUGAUUAUGCCAAAAUGAAGGUUACUCAUUCAAUGAGGUUUCCUGCCCCCCUUAUGUCAAUUGGGUUUUCGCAGGAUUGUAUGGCAAGGGCAAUUGGAACUUCGAAUGGGAUUAUAUUUGGUGGGAAGAGGAAGAUGAAGGAAAAAGAAGAAAAGACUGAAUUAGGGGAUUUCUUGGGGCUAGGGAGCGUGGAGGAGCCGCAGAGGCGGAUUCUGAAGCCUACCUAUUUUAGGUACUUCCACAGGAGCCAAGGAGAGAAGCCAAAUGAGGGUGAUUAUUUGAUAAUGAGAUCAAAGAAGGUGAAAUUGGCGGAGCAUGAUAAGUUGUUAAAGAAGUUCAGGCAUAAGGAAGCUUUGGUUUCAGCAUUGACAGGGAAGAAUCCAGAGAAUGUGGUGGCUGUAAUGGAAGAACUGGUUGCAAGGAGGAAGUUGCUGAAAUGUGUGUCGAAUUUAGACAAGGAAGAGCUUGGAUUAUUGUUGGGUUUCUUACACAAGUACUCAACUAUGCCAAGACACUCCGGGUUGCUAAUGGGGCUCACAAGAAAGGUAAUUGAGAUGCGAGCUGAUGAUAUUAGAGGUUCUGAUGCGUUGAAAGAUCAUAUCAGAAAUCUAAAGCGUUCAGUUGAGGAGGAGAUCAGAAUACAACAGUCACUGCAGGAGAUACAGGGCAUAAUUUCUCCUUUACUAAGGAUUGCUGGAAGAAGAUAAAGAUGGUAGCUUGCUUUUGUUUUGUAAGGAGGUGUGAUAGUAAGUGUGGUGUGGAGGCUCGAGGGGAGAGGUGUUGGAGGCAUCGAUAGUUGGAUGGUGGUGGUGGUGGCAGCAACGGCAGCGAGAGAUAUUGUUGGUGAUUGAAGUGACAAGAUAUUGCUAGUGGCAGUUUGAUGCGUUAGUUGAGUGGCAGGAGGGAUGGUGGGAGUGGGUGGUGGCAACAACGACAAGAGCGUCAGCGGUUGGAACCCAUGAUAAAGUCAAUGGAGGCGGUGGUGGUGGUGGUGCUUAGAGGGUUUUGGUGGAUGGUCGGCUGUGGUGGCAGCAACAAUGAAGGUGCAUUGUUAGUCAAAUAAGGGAUCAAUUCAAUGGUGUAUGGAAAGAGAGAGUAGGAGAAAAGAGAUAAGUGUAUAGAAAAAAGAAAAAAGUUGAUUAUUAGUGAUAUUUAAAUUUUUAGAGGUAUUAAGUGAUAAUUGAUUAUAAGGAGUUUUAUAUUAAAUAAAAAUAAAAAUUAUGAAAUUUUAUUUAUAAAAUUA